GUUGACAUCACGCGCCAAUCGGCAUGGCUUUUAGAGAGAGCGACUCACUUUUUGAAUUGGCUUUGGCUGUGGCCGCGGCCGGCGAGGAAUGGCGGUAACGGUGAGCGGGACCUGUGCUUGAAAAGGUGGAGCUUCGAGGGCGUCCUCUGAGAGUGCCAUCAUAGAAGAGAACAAACAAUGGCUGAUAAUAGUGCAUUAACAUCCACUACUGGCAGUACAAGCUUGGCAGACUCUUCCAUUUUUGAUUCUAAAGUUGCCGAAACUUCUAAGGACAACUUAUUUAUUGGAUCUACUUCAUGUGUUGAAGAAGAAAUGCCUCAGAUUGAAACAAGAGUCAUACUGGUUCAAGAAGCUGGAAAACAAGAAGAACUUAUAAAAGCCUUAAAGACUAUUAAAAUAAUGGAAGUCCCUGUUAUAAAGAUAAAAGAAAGUUGUCCUGGAAAAUCGGAUGAAAAAUUAAUAAAAAGUAUUGUUAAUAUGGAAAUUAAAGUGCCAUUUGUAAAGAUGGAAUCAGUUGAAGAAUUUAAAAGUUUGGAUUCUCCAGAAUUUGAAAAUGUAUUCAUAGUCAUGGACUUCCAGGAUUCUGUCUUUAAUGAGUUAUACAAGGCUGAUUGUAGAGUUAUUGGACCACCAGUUGUAUUAAACUGUGCAGAAAAUGGAGAGCCUUUGCCAUUUUCAUGUCGCCCACUCUAUUGUACCAGCAUGAUGAAUCUAGUACUAUGUUUUACUGGAUUCAGGAAGAAAGAAGAACUAGUCAGAUUGGUGACAUUGGUUCAUCACAUGGGUGGAGUUAUUCGAAAAGACUUUAAUUCGAAAGUUACACAUUUGGUGGCAAAUUGUACACAAGGAGAAAAAUUCAGGGUAGCUGUGAGCCUAGGUACUCCAAUUAUGAAACCAGAAUGGAUUUAUAAAGCUUGGGAAAGGAGGAAUGAACAGGACUUCUGUGCAUCAGUUGAUGACUUUAGAAAUGAAUUUAAAGUUCCUCCAUUUCAAGAUUGCAUUUUAAGUUUCCUGGGUUUUUCGGAUGAAGAGAAAACCAAUAUGGAAGAAAUGACUAAAAUGCAAGGAGGAAACUAUUUACCAGUUGGAGAUGAAAGAUGUACUCACCUUAUAGUUGAAGAGAAUAUAGUAAAAGAACUUCCAUUUGAACCUUCAAAGAAACUUUAUGUUGUGAAACAAGAGUGGUUCUGGGGAAGCAUUCAAAUGGAUGCCCGAGCUGGAGAAACUAUGUAUUUAUAUGAAAAGGCUAAUACACCUGAGCUCAAGAAAUCAGUGUCACUGCUUUCUCUAAAUACCCCAAACAGCAAUCGCAAAAGACGUCGUUUAAAAGAGACACUUGCUCAGCUUUCAAGAGAGGCAGACUUGUCACCUUUCCCUCCCCGUAAGCGCCCAUCAGCUGAACAUUCCCUUUCUAUAGGGUCACUCCUAGAUAUCUCCAACACACCAGAAUCUAGCAUUAACUACGGAGAAACACCAAAGUCUUGUACUAAGUCUUCUAAGAAUUCCACUCCAAUUCCUUCAAAGCAGUCAGCCAGGUGGCAAGUUGCAAAAGAGCUCUAUCAGACUGAAAGUAAUUAUGUAAACAUAUUGGCCACAAUUAUUCAGUUGUUUCAAGUGCCAUUGGAAGAGGAAGGACAACGAGGUGGGCCUAUCCUUGCACAAGAAGAAAUUAAGACCAUUUUUGGUAGUAUUCCAGAUAUCUUUGAUGUGCACACUAAGAUAAAGGAUGAUCUUGAAGACCUUAUUGUUAAUUGGGAUGAGAGCAAAAGCAUUGGUGAUAUCUUUCUUAAAUAUUCCAAAGAUUUGGUGAAAAUCUAUCCUCCCUUUGUGAACUUCUUUGAAAUGAGCAAGGAAACUAUUAUUAAAUGUGAAAAACAGAAACCAAGAUUUCAUGCUUUUCUUAAGAUAAACCAAGCUAAGCCAGAAUGUGGACGGCAAAGCCUUGUUGAACUUCUCAUCCGACCAGUACAGAGGUUACCCAGCGUUGCAUUACUUUUAAAUGAUCUUAAGAAGCACACAUCUGAAGAAAAUCCUGACAAAAGCACUCUGGAAAAAGCUAUUGGAUCACUAAAGGAAGUAAUGACCCAUAUUAAUGAGGAUAAGAGAAAAACAGAAGCUCAAAAGCAAAUUUUCGAUGUUGUCUAUGAGGUAGAUGGAUGUCCAGCUAAUCUUUUAUCUUCUCACCGAAGUUUAGUUCAGCGAGUUGAAACAAUUUCUCUAGGUGAGCACCCCUGUGACAGAGGAGAACAAGUGACUCUCUUCCUCUUCAAUGACUGCCUGGAGAUAGCAAGAAAACGACACAAGGUUAUUGGUACUUUUAGGAGUCCUCAUGGCCAGACCCGACCCCCAGCUUCUCUUAAGCAUAUUCAUCUAAUGCCUCUUUCUCAGAUUAAGAAGGUGCUAGACAUACGAGAGACAGAAGAUUGCCAUAAUGCUUUUGCAUUGCUCGUGAGGCCACCAACAGAGCAAGCAAAUGUGCUGCUCAGUUUCCAGAUGACAUCAGAGGAACUUCCAAAAGAAAACUGGCUAAAGAUGCUAUGUCGACAUGUAGCCAACACCAUUUGUAAAGCGGAUGCUGAGAAUCUUAUUUACACUGCUGAUCCAGAAUCCUUUGAAGUAAAUACAAAAGAUAUGGACAGUACAUUGAGUAGAGCAUCUAGAGCAAUAAAAAAGACUUCAAAAAAGGUUACAAGAGCAUUCUCUUUCUCCAAAACUCCAAAAAGAGCUCUCCGAAGGGCUCUUAUGGCAUCCCAGAGUUCAGCAGAGGGAAGAAGUCCUUCUAGCAAUGAGAAGCAUGUAAUGAGUCGUCUGGCUAGCACAUCGUCAUUAGCAGGCAUCCCAUCUCCCUCCCUUGUCAGUCUUCCUGCCUUCUUUGAAAGGAGAAGCCAUACUUUAAGUAGAUCUACAACUCAUUUGAUAUGAAGCUUAAAAAAAAAUCAUAAUUUGUGCAAAGUUAUAAGCACCUCAUACUCAAAUAAGAAACUGACUUAAAUGGUACUUAAUGUUAGCACUUGGUGAAAGCUGGAAAGAAGGUAACACUAAACUAUGCCAUUUUAUUUUUUUCUUGAAAGAGUAAGGUUAACCUCUGACAUUUUUUGAGUUAAUUCAUGUAAAAAGUUAUAUUGAUUUUGGUGUAAUUUUUCUCUUUGUUGACUCCAGUUGAAGACCAGUCAUUUAAGUUAUUCAUGAUAAUAGUAACUUUGCCACAUGAUACAGUAAAUAAAUUUUAUUGGUUGAUGCCAAAUACUGCUGUAAAUCUCUUUGUAUAGUGUCCAUGAAUGAAUUUUUGGAAAUAAAUAUGUAUCUCAAUUUGUUUAGAAAUGAAGUGAUAUCACAAAUGAAAACCUGCAUAGAUCUCUGAAUAGUGGGUUCUGGGUUCACAUACUCUGUUGAGUUAUUUAACUGCUCCUUUUGCAAGUUUAUUUUAUAAAUAAAGAUAUCGCAUGUGGAUUUUGAAAGAUUUGCCACUGUUGACAAGAGUAAUAGUUAAAGGAGGUGGUUUCAGAAUUUACUUGCAAAUUGAGAUAAGGACAAAAGGAUUAAAAAAUCAUAUAUAUUUUGCACAAACAUGAUACUGAUGUAUACUUGUUUAAGGGCCAGUAUACUUUAUAGUGAUUUUAGCCAUUGGUCACUUGGUUUAGUUUGAUAGUGUGUGGUAUUUUAUUUGGAAAGAUAAGACCAUGAGGAGAUUGUGGUAAAGUGGUUUAUACUCUUUAUGAAAUAAUUGCUAAGUUGGCUAAUCUACUGUAAAAUGCAUAGAUAUGUGUAUGGUUAAAUUUUUAUUCUGGCCUCAUAAUUAAAUGUAAAAUUGAAAUACACUUACUUGCUGUUGUAAAAUAUUUUUCAAACUCUGAUUUUAUCUUUCAUAAUAGGGUUUCAAUAGUAGUACAAAAUAAUCAAGUUCCUAUGAAUAAAUGCAUUGUUAUUUCCUACCUGUUUAGGGAGUACUGCAAAUGUUUGUCAUUUAACAGUUUUCAAUUAUCUGUUAUAAUACUUUAACUGACUAUGGAUUUUUUUCUAUGCCACAUAUGUACCACUUUUAAAUAGUGAAUGAUCCUUUAUUGCUAUAUUUUAAAAGCAGUUUUAUUAGGAAGAACUUUGUAAAUAAAUUCCUAAAACUCAAGUAUA